UUCCAGUGAAGCUCGGUUCCUGAAGGGAGGAUAGGGAAUCUCUCGGCUGAAGAACCGGUGGUUGCGGAGGUGCUGGUAGUUGGUAGUGGAGUAUACAACACAUCAGUGUUUUCAAAUUUCAAAGAAAAGUCAAAUUCUAGAACAACCUCAAUGUUCAGCUUUAACUGAUGAUUUCUCCCAUGGCGACGCACCUGCACCUCACUCACUCUCAUUUCUUCCUCCCUUCUUACAAACUCCUGUUAACGGCCGCUCCAGAACCUCGCCUUUGUCAAUUCGGCGUCCAUCACCGCCGCUGCCUCCUCGUCACAGAUUGUGCUUCGUCACCGAAUGAAACAAGAGUUGCCGGCAGGAAACCGGCGAGGACCAAUGCAGAUCUCUGCAACGAUUUACGGGAAUUUAUGUCCGAUGCUGGGCUUCCUGACGGACAUGUUCCUUCUUUGAAGGAGCUUUCGCACCAUGGCAGGCAAGAUCUUGCUAACCUUGUGAGAAGAAGAGGAUAUAAACUUAUUAAAGAGCUUCUUGCAGCCUCACAAGAGGUCAAAGUCAAUGCUUCUUUGACUGAUAAUCAGGAAAAUACCAAUACUGAAGAAGAUGAAUCAACAGAUUUAGAUGAGAAUGGAACAAAGUUGGCUGAAGCUGUGUUGUUGUCGAAUGAAGAGACUUCCACUAAAUCAUCAUUGCAGGAAAAGGCGAUGAAAUUUAUUCAAAGUGGAGAACUUGAAACAAUUGAAGAUUCUGCCAUUUUAGCAAAUGGGAGUGUUUUGUCAUCCCAGCUUGUAAAUUCAACAUCUCAGUUGAGAAAUAUUUCUUCCAAUGAUCAACUACAAAGUGCUGAGGAUGUUGAGAUCAGAACAAAGGAGGAUGAAGCUGAAAUCAAUCGCAUCAAAGUUAUACUGCAUCACAAGGAGUUGGAAUUAUCUCAGUUGAAGGAACAGAUUGAGAAGAACAAGGAAGCGUUGUGUGAAUUACAAGCUAAAGCUGAAACAGAGAUAAAUAAAGCACAGAAGCUUCUGUUGGAUAAAGAUGCAGAGCUACUUGCAGCUGAAGAAAGCCUUUCUGGAUUAAAACAGGUUCAAGUUGACUACUGGGGUGAAGGUGAGAGUGUAGAGGUGGCUGGUAGCUUCAAUGGCUGGAAUCAUGGUGUCAAAUUAGAUCCACAGCCUUCUUCAAACAUCACAGACCCUAUCGAAUUCAGAAACACUAGGCUGUGGAGGUCCAUGUUGUGGCUGUACCCUGGGAUCUAUGAGAUAAAAUUUAUAGUUGAUGGAAAAUGGAUGAUUGAUCCAAUGAAAGAAGUGGUUGCGAGGGGAUCCAUACAUAACAAUGUUCUUCGAGUCGAUAGAUAGAUGAUAUGCAUAUGCACCUCUUCAAACGAUGACACCUGUAUAUAACAUUGAGAUGUUAAUGAUUAGAUAGGUGGUGAUAAAUGGGAGUGGCUCACAAGUCAAAGAUCAAAGAUGAGGUUGUAUUACUAUUAGAUAGGCUCUUGUACAAUUAAUUCCCAUUUUGUAUGUUGUAUUAUUCGGAAUGUGAAUAGUAUGUGUAUGUUGAUGGGAAAAUAAUCUGAUUAUUCCAUGUUG